UGGCCUCACUCUUUCCUUUUCCGGUUGCGGCGCCGCGCGGUGUGGAGCUCGUGUCUGCUUCGUAGCCAUGCCGUCCAAGGGCCCGCUGCAGUCCGUUCAGGUCUUCGGACGCAAGAAAACCGCCACCGCCGUGGCCCACUGCAAACGCGGGAACGGCCUCAUCAAGGUGAACGGGCGACCCUUGGAGAUGAUCGAGCCGCGCACGCUGCAGUACAAGUUACUGGAGCCUGUUCUGCUUCUGGGGAAAGAGCGGUUUGCUGGCGUGGACAUCCGUGUCCGUGUGAAGGGCGGUGGUCAUGUGGCUCAGAUUUACGCUAUCCGUCAGUCCAUCUCCAAAGCCCUGGUGGCCUAUUACCAGAAGUAUGUGGAUGAGGCUUCCAAAAAGGAGAUCAAAGACAUCCUCAUCCAGUACGACCGCACCCUGUUGGUGGCUGAUCCCCGACGUUGUGAAUCCAAGAAGUUUGGAGGCCCUGGUGCCCGUGCCCGCUACCAGAAGUCCUACCGAUAGGCCCAUUAUGGGGUCCAGAUUGGGGCUCACCUUUGUAAUAAAGAUUGUGGGAUUUUAAGGUUU